UCGGAGAACGGCUACUGCUGUAUUUACUGAGUGGCAUCGUCGUGCGCCUUGCAGCUGUGUUCUCAGUUUUCACAGAAGUAUAUAACAGAUAGGUACUCCCCAAAAUGACGUGCUGAAAGUUUUAUUGAUAAAAAAAAAUAAUACGUCAGGUGAUCAGUUGCUCUGAAGCAAUUAAAUUUAAAGUUUAUUUUGUUUUGAAGAUUCAAGAUGAUGAACCACGAACAAAUGGCAAGUCCACUGUUAUUCUCAGACGAUGAUAUUGAGACAGGAGGAAAAGAAGGACAAGAAAAUAUCGAAAAUGAUUUUGCAUAUAGAAACAAUGUUCAAAAUGCAUCAGUUAAAAUUCGCAUGGCUUUUAUUCGGAAAGUUUACAGUCUCCUCAGUGUUCAACUUCUCAUGACUGUGAUCAUUGGCAGCAUUUUUUGCAUGGUAUCACCUGUGAAACUCUAUGUUUCUCAAAAUGUCUGGCCAGUUAUGGUAUCAUUCUUUUUAACAUUUGGAAUUUUAAUAGCCUUGCAUUUCAAGAGGAAAGAGCACCCAACUAAUUUAAUUCUAUUGGCUUGCUUUACUAUGGUGCAAGCCUUCACAAUUGGCAUAGUUGUGAGCUUAUAUGAUGUUGUGUUGGUGAUUGAAGCUCUGUUUAUAACUCUGGCAGUAGUGAUUGCUUUGACAGCAUUUACAUUUCAAACUAAAAGAGAUUUUUCUUCAAUGGGAGCUGCAUUAUUCUCUCUAUUAUGUGUACUCAUAAUUGGAGGAAUCCUUCAGAUAUUCAUUCAGAGCAGUGCAAUGGAGCUUUUAAUUUGCGUUGGUGGUGCUCUACUCUUCUCAUUGUUUAUUAUUUUUGAUACCCAGCUUAUAAUGAAAACAUUAUCACCAGAGGAGUACAUUCUAGCUACUAUCAACAUCUACAUGGAUAUUCUUAACUUGUUUUUAUACAUUCUACGGAUCUUAGAGAUGGCUCGAAAGUAAUUGCGCAAUAUUAUUAUUAUUGACAAAAGGUGCUUUUCAAAUUUGCAAUUGAAUUUUUUCAAAUAUCAAUUUUCCCAAGUUAAAAUAUUUACUGAUACCCACAUUUUCCUUUGAAAACAUGAAAUUUUCAAAUUAUGACAAAAAGAGGGCUAAUAUUAAAAAGAAACUGUUUUUUAAUAGAAUUACUUUUAGGAUUUAGUUCUUAUGUAUUUAUGAAAAAGUAUUUCGAAAUAUUUGGUCCUGAAUUAAUCUGAGUUAAAAAUUUGUUUUGUAAAUUAGUACAAAAUUAUUCGUCAAAGUAAUUUGUU